GCAGACGCGUCCCCCUUGGCGUCGCCGCCUGCUGCGCGACGCGCUCGUUGUGAGACACCGCAAGACGCGCUGUUAGCGACACUGACGCGGACGUCGCUGCCCGGACCCACUGGUGAUGACGUCUCGGGGGAAAGGCCUUCUAGUUGGUAUUGGCCCACCGCGGUGCCUCCAAAACGGGACCUUAGGAGGCUGGCCGCCCGAUCGGCGGGGGGCAGGCCGCAGCAGAUCCGGGAAGCGAUGGCGGCGCCCCGAGGGCGUCGCCAUUAGCAUAGCGCGUAACGGGACAGCCGGGGAAGCCCCCAGCUGUCGGGGUCAGGCGGGCGACGCUGCCGGCCGCCUCCCAAUCCAGUUUGGCUGCGCGGCUUGCAAGGGCGACGCGCCACGAGUGUCGCAGGACCCGCACAAGGGCGGCUGCUCGCCGCUGCCAUGCUUGCCCGACGGCUGUGCCCGGCCGCCGCCUCCCUGCUGGCUGCGGUCGCCGUCUCGGCCGCCGUCUGGACCCUCGUCGGCUCGGAACCGCUGCCCGGAGCAUCCACCGACCAGGGCACCGAGAGCGCGCCCGCCCAGUCCCCGGCCCUGCGGCCGAGCAGUCCCUGGCGCUCGGAGCGGGCUUGGACCUCGCAGCAGCGGCACGAGAACCAGGUCGGGGACAAGGACACGGUGGCCGAGGGCCGCAUCUUCGCCAGCCUGCUGCGGGUCUUCGAGGCAGCCGAGUGGGACAAGGUGUUCGUCAAGAUGGCGCGCGUGGUCGUCAACUACUUCACGGACAUGGCCUUCAAGGUGCUCUUCGGCUCCACGGGCUCCAAGGAGGCCGCCAGGGCCCUGCACAAGGGCGCCGGACUGCAGGUCAGCCCGGGGCGGCCCAAGCGUGACGUGGAGGCCGAGUUCCUGAGUCAGCGGCAGCGGGUGAGCCAGCUGCCGCCCGAGUGCCAGCGCAGGGUGGCUUGCCGCGUCGGUCAGCACUUCGGCAGCAUACAGAACCUCAGGGCGCUCGCGCCCAUGCUCAGGACCGUGGACCGUUCCCUGGUGGAAGCCGCGCUGCACGGCAUGAGCAACCAGGACUGCGACGCCGCCUACCCGGACUGCCACCUGCCCUGACUAUGCCUCAUCGCCACACGGCGUGGCCACGGGCCACUUUUAUUUAUCACUCGCUCCCCCACCACUCCCGAAAUAAAGAUCCCAUUCCCGUGUCA